GUUUUUGACAGAACGUGCACGGAAGUUGACUGUUGUGUGUAUUUUACACACAUAUCUGGGAAAUGAUCCUCCGGUGUCCUCAUAACGUGAUAAGUUCUUGUGGAAGUUUGAGCAGAUCUGCUCCGCAACUUUUUGAGUUUAGGAAAGGCUGUACACAGCGUGGAAGGACGGGACGUUCUUUCGUUGACUCUUCUGCUGCCCUAGGGCAAGACAGACUUGUCACCCCUGUCGUCGUUCAGCAACCUUUGGAAGUCCUUCGACGUUUAUAUCUCCGAUGGUUUCAAAAGCUUUCGUUGACUGCAGACUUAACACCGCCCUGGCGUAUAUCAUCUCGAGUCUGCAAGAUGUUAUGCCUCAGAGGGAAGCAAAAGAUGCACGUGGGUUAUAUAUUUGCUAACAGUACAUCACAAACCCCGAAGUUUCUAAACGUUGGGAAGGACCCGGUGCUUCUGAAACGCACCAAGUUGUUAGUCAGAGAGCUCAGCACAUCCAUGAAAUUUCUACAGUAUGACGUGAAAAAAACAGAUAUGGUGAAGUCUGGCAACAGGAAGCUGUUCUUUGACACCCAUGCCAUAGUGCGUCUCCUGGAAGGGAACGGAUUCAGCACUGAGCAGUCUGAAGCUAUUGUCUCAGUUAUGGUGAAGACAACCAAUGCCAACAUGGACACCGUGUAUGCAGACAUGGUAACCAAAACGCAGCAGGAAAUUAUGUUGCAGCGAGUGAUGUCUCACAUUGUCGCCGUGAAGAAGGACAUGAUCAUCCUGGAGAAGAGUGAAUUUUCUGCUCUGCUGGCAGAGAAUGAGAAAGUGAAAAUAGAGCUACUGCAGCUGAAGAUGCAACUAGCUGAUGUGAUGAACAAAGUCCGAUCUGACGCAAUCAUGGAUAUGAAUGCUGAGAAGAGCCGAAUGAAAGAGAUGAAAGCAGAGCAUGAAAAGAAGCUUCUGGAAGCACGGAAUGAAAUGAUGGAGAUGAACUCAGACAAUGAGAGGCAUGUCACACAGAUUAACAUGAAGAUUGAUACAGAAGUAGCUGGCCUGAAGACCCUGCUGGAAUCUCACAAACUGGACACCAUAAAAUACCUCGCAGGUUCUGUCUUCACCUGUCUCACUGUGGUUCUGGGAUUCUAUCGGAUAUGGAUGUAGAUCAGAACAUUAUGUACAACGAUGAACCACUGCACAGUCACAUCUGAAUGGACUCAGUUUAAGAUGGACUCUAAUGAGAAUGUGGACAAGAAUCGCACAAACUGUAGAAUCGCACAAACUGUUGUUGUUGUUUUUAAAAGAUGCUUUGUGAGGAUGGCGAGGCAUUUUAUCUAUUUGUCUGCUCUUGACUUUACAUACACACGUAAUGUUUUAGGGUUCCUUUACAAAUCAAUAGUACCAAAAGUAAAAUGAGCUUAGACUGACCACUUUUAACUGAAGUCAAUUUGAAUAUCUUCACUCAAUCUGAAGGGAACAUGGACAAAGGAAUCUUUUGGCCACUUGACACAAAUUGUUGUUUUAUAAGUCUUUUUAUAAUUAAGGAUGUAAUGGAAGAUUGUGCAUGGAACACGCCUUAGUAAUGCCAUACUAAUGUCCAAUACUGACACUGUCUUGGACAUAUUAAUGACCUGCAGGGAGAAUCACUGUAGGACCAAAUGUACAACUAUGCAUGAAGACCCUGUACUUUUGACAUUUUAGAUUUUAUGGUUGUUGUAAAUAUGACAAGGGGACUUCCUCAGGUGCCAACAAAAGAUUUACUUUAUUGAAUAUUUGUUGUAUUUCUAGACAUCCUGCAUUACACUAAGAUACUAAACAUUUUCGAACAGUCUUCUGAUACAUCUGUUAUGAAUGUUAAAGAGCUAAGAAUGUUAAUAUCUUGAUACGGUUUCAUGAAAAUACUUUUUUGCUGAAUGCUGAAAUUGUGACCAAGUGAUGGCUUCAAACUGUAUGACAGCAAAUGGACAAUUUGAUUUUCAUGGGAAAUAAAACUGUUACAUUUGGAUACAAAA